CUAUAUAAGCCUCCCCAAUUUCAUUUCUCUAAACAAAUACACCAACUCCCCCACCUCUUUCUGUUUCUUUCUUUGUCUUCAAAACAUUUUUCCAUGGAGAAUUUGAUGAUCAGAAAUCAAACCAGAAUGCCUCCUUCAACCCCAUCAGCAGCACUGUCCAUUCACAAGGAUUCACAAACAAUAUCAAAGCCAAAGCCAAAGAUACGCAUAAUUCACAUAUUUGCACCAGAGAUCAUCAAGACUGACGCAGCAAACUUCAGAGAACUGGUGCAAAGACUCACAGGGAAACCAUCUCAAGAAAAGGGUUGCCAAAAGAAACUGAGAACUGCCAGAAAAGAUCAUAGUUUUUGUGACAGGCCAGUGGUAGCAGCUAUGGCGGCGAAGAAAAUGGAGCUCAGAACUGGGUUUCUUCCAGGCUUGGAAACAUCAGAAAGGGUUAAGGAAGAAGAAGGCAUGUGGACUAAUAUUGAUGAGAAUUCAGGUGGUUUCUUAAGUGGUUUUGGAGAUUUUGAUGGUUUUAUUCAAGAGCUUGGUGAAUUUCCUUUGCUUCCUUUGGAUGCUUCUCAUCACAUGCAUGGAUUUGAAGAAGCUCAGCUUGCAUAAAUUGAUUCUUUACUUUGUUUUUUUUUUUUUUUUAAUUUUAUAAUUGAAUGUUUGAUCAUUGAAGAUUAAUAUGCUGAUUUUGGGUGGCGUUAUUAGAUAGAGUUUUAACUGAAUUUUAUGGAUCUGUUUGUCUGAUCUCUCUCUUUAAUCUUAUUAUCUCUAAUGUAAAUAUAAGAGAUUAACUUAAUUAAUUUCCU